AAAAUUUUCUCACUAAUUAUUGUGUCAUUUCAUUAUCAUCCCUGCCCUUUCUUUUUCUCCACAUCUCAUCUUUAUCCAAUUUCUCUACUUCCCACUCCAAAAGUUUUGUACUUUUUUGUUUUACGAUGAAGAAAACCAAGACCCCAAAAUCAUAAAGAAAAUCGAACCAAUCGCAUAAUUUUCCUCUUAAUAACUCAAUAAUUCCAACAGUCAAUAUAUUAUUAGUCUCCUCUCCACUCCAAUAGUUUGACAUUUUCUCGUUAGAUUUUUUCUUCUGAAUUCAUAACUUUUCGUGGGACAAAAAAAAUCCAAACUUUUCAUGGCCCUUCUAGUCCACUCCCCUGAAAUGUCCGUUGCCCCACAGAUUGCUUAUAACCCUAACCCUAAGCUGAGCAAACUCCACAGCUUCAAACCCUACUGUGUAGGGUCAAAGCGUGGGGUGAAAAUUUCUUGCAAAGUGAAAGAUAUUGCGGUUUUGGAUUUGGGUUUGGAGCAGAACGUGAAGUCGUACGGUCAAUUUUCGGUUCCGGUGAAGCAAGGGUUGAGGCAGAGCGAAGAGGAGAAGGAAGAAAAGCAAAAUUACUAUGUGAAUGUGGGAUAUGCCAUCAGAGCUUUGAGGGAGGAAUUCCCUAAUCUCUUCUACAGGGAACUUAGCUUUGAUAUCUACAGGGAUGAUAUUGUGUUCAAGGAUCCUAUGAACACGUUCAUUGGCAUUGAUAAUUACAAAUCUAUCUUCUGGGCACUACGAUUUCAUGGCAGGAUGUUCUUCAAAGCUUUGUGGGGGGACUUGAGCAGUGUAUGGCAGCCUGUUGAGAACAUCAUCAUGGUUCGUUGGACUGUUCAUGGGAUCCCACGAAUUCUAUGGGAAAGUCGAAGUAGGUUUGAUGGAACCUCUGAGUAUAAACUUGACAAACAAGGCAAGAUUUUUGAGCACCGGGUUGACAACAUUGCUCUGAAUUCUUCUCCUCGGUUUAAAGUGUUGGGUGUGGAAGAAUUGAUUCAAUCUAUUGGUUGCCCCUCCACCCCAAGACCAACUUAUUUUGAACUAUCUUCACCUACUAAGGAAACGUAAUGUUGCUCAAGUUGUUCAAGAAGUUUUGGUGUAAAUUGUGCAUAUUAUGGUAAACAAAACAUUCAGCAAGCUCGAUAUAUGGUACCUUGCUUGUCAUAUAAAGCUGUGAGAAAAUUGUAUUUUAACAUAGACUUGGGUACACGAUGUUAUAGGGUCAUAGAUGUUAAUUAUAACUAGUUUUAAAAGCUCUGUAUCUAAUGCAAUUGCUACUUAUGUCUUCCUUUAUCUAUAGAUUCAUGUAAAGCCCUGUAUAUAAUCCAUGCUUCUCACAUCUAUCUCCCGUUGCUACUCAACUGAACAUGAGAAAUUGGAUUUGAUCCAUGUAUGAAUGUAGAUAGUAUGAUUAUUUUUAGAAUAAAUUAUCUCCGUGAUCAAUGAUUAUAAACUAAUGUAACUUCAUUCCUCUUUG